AUGGUUGUACAUUCAAGAAGUGAGCACCAGAACUUGCCGCCUCAAUGCAGCAUUGGACGCAGGGGUGAAGCUGAGGGUAUAUUAUUCGAUGAAGAUGAAAUGACCGGUGUUAUGGCUGUUGAUGAAAGCAUGGACCGUAUUUCAAUGCAAAGAUGCAUUAUCGGGGAAGGUCAAACGUUCAAGGACGCGCUUGAGUUUAGAAGGAUGCUGAAGAAUUACUGCAUUGCGACACAAAAAGCAUUUAAAGUGCACAUUGGUAUUCGUACUUGCAACUUGCAACAUACCUGCGAGUUGAGCUUCUUGCAGUCUCGGGAUCAUCCACAUGUAGAUGCAAAUUGGAUAUCGGAUGUUUAUAGAAAUAAGCUACGUACUAUGCCAUCAUAUAAGGCAUCCGACAUCCAGAUGCAUAUUCAAACCGAUUAUGGGAUUAAUGUCAAAUAUCAUAGAGCGUGGCGAGGCAAGGAAAAUGCGAUGAGGUCUAUCAAUGGAGGGGGUAGAGACAGUUACGGGAAUCUCUCCUGGUAUUGUCAUGCGUUGCGUGAGUGUAAUCCCGGCAGUAUAGUGGAUUGUGAAAUGGAAGCAGAAACACGACGUUUCCAACGCCUAUUUGUAUGCUUCAAUGCUUGCAAAAUUGGUUUUCUUAGAGGUUGCAGACUCUUAAUUUUUCUAUAUGGGACACAUUUGAAGAACAAAUACAAAGGAUGUCUACUCAGCGCAGUAGCAAUGGAUGGCAACGAUGGGAUGUUCACUUUAGCCUUUUCCGCGGUAUCAGCCGAAAAUGAUGAAAAUUGGGAAUGGUUUUGCUGGAGGCUAAGACACUCGGGACUUCUAAAAUCUAUCCCUGUUGUAUUUCUCGGACCCCAUCACGCAUAUUGUCUUCGGCACUUAGUAGACAACUUCCGCACACAGGUAAUGCGGAGAUAUCCGAUGCACCACAAGAAACGAUGGACAUCUGUUUUCAACAAAGCCGCUUAUGCACCCCUACGGAAAGAUUUUGAGCAGCAUAUAACGUCUGUGGUAAUGUCUAUGAUGAAUGAGCGUCUGGAGAAAUCCGAGAAGAUAGGAAGUAAAUUGGCGUUGUCGUACAUGGCCUCAAGGAGGCUACAGUGUAACCAAUCAUCAGUAUCGACGUUUGAGGUGCUUGAUCGUAAUGAUAGCGUUGAACGCUACUAG